AUAAAAUAAAAAAUCAAUAUUUUCAUUCAUAUUUGGUAUAACUCUACACUAUCAUCUACAUUCAUUCAAGUGAUCAAGAAGUCAAAGAAUCUCACAUAAGUUCUCUAAUAAGGUAUACAUUAUACAAAUUCUAGAUAGAUGACUACAAAAAAGAUAACAUGGAAAUCCAUGAUCUUGAUCUUAAAUUGUUACAAGAGUAAAUACCCUUUGGAGGAAUCAAAGAAACAAGUUUUGAAACAAGGUUCUUUUCAAAGAUUAUGUUUAUCAGAUAUAAGCAAUUCAAGUUCAACUCAAGCUAUUGAAGAUAUUUCAGUUUCUUUUGCUGGCUCUAAGCUUCAUGCAUUCACACUUGAGGAGCUUAAAGAAGCAACACAUGGUUUUUCAUGGAGUAAUAUGUUGGGUGAAGGCGGUUUCGGUCCGGUUUAUAAAGGGUUUGUUGAUGAUAAGGUUAGACAAGGCUUAAAGGCUCAAACUGUUGCGGUUAAAUGUUUGGAUUUGGAUGGUUUGCAAGGUCAUAGAGAGUGGCUGGCAGAGAUUAUAUUUCUUGGACAACUAAGGCAUCACCAUCUUGUGAAGUUAAUUGGAUAUUGUUGUGAAGAUGAACAUAGACUUUUGGUGUAUGAGUACAUGCCAAGAGGUAGCUUGGAGAGUCAACUAUUCAGAAGAUAUGCUGCUGCUAUGCCAUGGUCAACAAGGAUGAAAAUUGCAUUAGGUGCUGCUAAGGGUUUGGCUUUCCUUCAUGAAGCAGAUAAGCCUGUAAUUUAUAGAGAUUUCAAAGCUUCAAAUAUCUUACUAGACUCGGAUUAUACGGCUAAACUCUCGGAUUUUGGACUGGCUAAGGAUGGCCCGGAAGGGGAAGAAACACAUGUCACGACGCGCGUAAUGGGAACACAUGGUUAUGCUGCUCCGGAGUACAUCAUGACAGGUCAUCUUACAACAAAGAGUGAUGUGUAUAGCUAUGGAGUGGUUCUAUUGGAAUUGCUUACAGGAAGAAGGGUAGUGGACAAGUCCUUAGAAUCAAAAAGAGGUAAGAGCUUGGUAGAAUGGGCAAGACCUAUGUUGAGAGAUCCAAAGAAACUUGACAGAAUCAUAGACCGUAGACUUGAAGGACAGUUUCCUAUGAAAGGAGCUUUGAAAGUUGCUAUGUUGGCUUUUAAAUGUUUGAGUCAUCACCCAAAUCCAAGACCUUGUAUGAGUGAUGUUGUUAAGAUUUUGGAACCACUUCAAGAUUUUGAUGAUGUUUUUGUAGGUCCAUUUGUUUAUGUUGCUGUAAGUGAAAAUGGUGACAAAGAUCAAAUAUAGGACUCUCUCACUAUAGUAUGUCUUUUUCAGUUGUUGGAUAAAGAUUAGACAGUACACAUUGUGAUUUUGAUACAACAAGAACUCAGAAUCUCAAUCAAGAUGUUUGAGAUGCAAAUAAGUAUUACAACUUGGAAACUCAUGUGGUCAAGAGUGGUAAAAGUUUGAUGAUGUACAAGGGCUUGAAACAAGUUUUUGUGCUGAUGUUAUCAAUUGUUGUUGUUACACAUGUUUGGAUUGUUAUAGUAUGGAGACUACAAACUCUAAUAUAGAAUACACAAACUCAUCAAAUUUAUUCAUAAUAUAUUUCACAAAAUUAUUGUUGGAUUGUGUUUG